GCCGAGCGCGGCGCGGGAGGGCUGGCCGGGGAUGCCGCUCUGGGCGCCGCGGUCCUCGUGCCAGUGAGCGCCGCGCGCCGCCGCAGCCAUGACGGUGGAGUUCGAGGAGUGCAUCAAGGACUCGCCGCGCUUCAGGGCAACUAUUGACGAGGUGGAGACGGACGUGGUUGAGAUCGAGGCCAAGCUGGACAAGCUGGUUAAGCUGUGCAGCAGCAUGAUCGAGGCCGGCAAAGCCUAUGUCACAACCAAUAGGCUCUUCGUGAGUGGCGUCCGCGACCUGUCCCAGCAGUGCCAGGGGGACGCCGUCAUCUCGGAAUGUCUGCAGAGGUUCGGAGACAGCCUCCAGGAGAUGGUCAGCUACCACAUGAUCCUGUUUGACCAGGCCCAGAGGUCUGUGCGCCAACAGCUCCACAACUUCAUCAAAGAGGACGUGCGGAAGUUCAAGGAAACCAAGAAGCAGUUUGACAAAGUCCGGGAGGACAUGGAGCUGUCCCUGGUGAGGAAUGCCCAGGCCCCGAGGCACCGGCCCCACGAGGUGGAGGAGGCCACAGGUGCCCUGACCCUCACCCGGAAGUGCUUCCGCCACCUGGCCCUGGACUACGUGCUCCAGAUCAACGUCCUUCAGGCCAAGAAGAAGUUCGAGAUUUUGGAUUCUAUGCUGUCCUUCAUGCACGCCCAGUACAGCUUCUUCCAGCAGGGCCACAGCCUGCUGCACCAGCUGGACCCCUACAUGAAGAAGCUGGCGGCUGAGCUCGACCAGCUGGUGAUCGACUCGGCAGUGGAGAAGCGGGAGAUGGAGCGCAAGCACGCCGCCAUCCAGCAGAGGACGCUGUUGCAGGACUUCUCCUACGAUGAGCCCAAGGUGGAGUUCGACGUGGAUGCACCCAGCGGUGUGGUGAUGGAGGGCUACCUCUUCAAGAGGGCCAGCAACGCCUUUAAGACAUGGAACCGGCGCUGGUUCUCCAUCCAGAACAGUCAGCUGGUCUACCAAAAGAAGCUCAAGGACGUGCUGACCGUGGUGGUGGACGACCUCCGGCUCUGCUCCGUGAAGCCCUGUGAGGAUACUGAGCGACGGUUCUGCUUUGAGGUCGUGUCACCCACCAAGAGCUGCAUGCUGCAGGCUGACUCGGAGAAACUGCGGCAAGCCUGGGUGCAGGCUGUGCAAGCCAGCAUCGCAUCCGCCUACCGGGAGAGCCCCGACAGCUGCUACAGCGAGAGGCUGGACCGCACGGCGUCCCCGUCCACGAGCAGCAUCGACUCCGCCACAGACUCUAGGGAGCGCAGUGUCAAGGGCGAGAGUGUGCUGCAGCGGGUGCAGGGUGUGGCCGGCAACAGCCAGUGUGGGGACUGCGGCCAGCCGGACCCGCGCUGGGCCAGCAUCAACCUGGGCGUGCUGCUCUGCAUCGAGUGCUCGGGCAUCCACAGGAGCCUGGGUGUCCACUGCUCCAAGGUGCGGUCCCUGACUCUGGACUCAUGGGAGCCAGAGCUGCUGAAGCUGAUGUGUGAGCUGGGAAACAGCACCAUGAACCAGAUCUACGAGGCCCAGUGUGAGGGGCUGGGCAGCAGGAAGCCCACGGCCAACAGCCCCAGGCAGGACAAGGAGGCCUGGAUCAAGGACAAAUAUGUGGAAAAGAAGUUUGUGCGGAAGCUACCCUCAGCCCCGGCCAGGGAGGCCCCGCGGCGCUGGCGGGGUCAGAAGUGCCAGCGCUACCACAGCUCUCCACGUGCCCCCACCCCCCGCCGCCAAGUCCGGAUGGAGCCUGUCCUGCCCUCAGUGGCUGCUCUGUGUUCAGCGGGCUCCGUGGAGCCCAGGUUCCGCAGAGAUUCCCUCUUCUGCCCGGAUGAGCUGGACUCCCUCUUCUCCUACUUCGACGCAGGGGCUGCUGCAGCCGGGCCACGCAGUCUGAGCAGCGACAGUGGCUUGGGGGGCAGCUCGGACGGCAGCUCAGAUGUCCUGGCCUUCGGCGUGGGCUCCGUGGUGGGCAGCGUCACGGAGGAGGAGGGUGCCGAGUCCGAGGAGUCCAGCGGCGAGGCUGACGGAGAGGCAGAGGCCUGGGGCCUGGCAGACGUGCGCGAGCUUCAUCCUGGGCUGCUGGCGCACCGCGCAGCGCGCACAAGCGACCUCCCCGCCCUGGCCACGGCGCUGGCGCACGGGGCCGAGGUCAACUGGGCGGACGCCGAGGACGAGGGCAAGACGCCGCUGGUGCAGGCUGUGCUAGGGGGCUCCUUGAUCGUCUGUGAAUUCCUCCUGCAAAACGGAGCGGAUGUGAACCAAAGAGACAGCCGGGGCCGGGCGCCCCUGCACCACGCCACGCUCCUGGGCCGCACCGGCCAGGUCUGCCUGUUCUUGAAGCGCGGGGCGGACCAGCACGCCUUGGAUCACGCGCAGCAGGACCCACUAAGCAUCGCGGUGCAGGAGGCGAACGCGGACAUCGUCACGCUGCUCCGUCUGGCGCGCAUGGCCGAGGAGAUGCGCGAGGCCGAGGCGCCCCCCGGCCAGCCGGGGCCCCUGGCGGGCAGCAGCCCCACGGAGCUCCAGUACCGCCGGUGCAUCCAGGACUUCAUCAGCCUCCACCUGGAGGAGAGCUAGGCGGCCGGGCCUGCCUGCCGGGCUGCAGCCCCGCGGGUGAGGACCGCGGGCUUGGCCGCCGCGAGCCCCAGUGCUCAGGGCAGCCCCGGAGCCCCUGCUGCCUGCGCUGCCCUCCUCGGAGCUGCCCCGACCCCGGAGCUGGGAGCCGGGAGAAGGGCCCUGGCACCGAGUCCUCGGAAGCUCCAGGAGGUGCGGUGCCGCCUGGUGCCCCUGACCCCACCCAGGGACCCUGUGUCUUCAGGUGGCCCCUUCCUGGGGGGCCUGAGUUGCUCACGUCACAAACCACUCUCCAGGCCCCGUGUCACCUCGUGUUCCUCUCUGCUCCCCCAGGCCUGUGUCACCUCAUGCCCCUCUAUCCCUGGGGCGCCUGCCACUUUGUGCCCCACUCUGGCCUCAGGGCCUGUGUCACCUCGUGCCCCCACUUUACUGCCCACGAACACUGACCUGCAAGUUGGGUCCUUCCUACACCUGUGGCCCCUCCGCUGGGCCUGGGGGCUGGUGGCUGGCCACCAGCGCCUGGCCAGGGCCGAAGGGGCAGCCCAUCCAGGGAAUCAACCCGUGUACCUCACUUAGUGACCCCAGCAGCAUCCAGGCUGGGUUUCUUGGGUGCUUGGGGCGGAGGGGACGCUUUGGUCUGGGGGCUUCAGCCCUGGCUGGGCAUGGAUGUCCUGAGGCCUGUGGCUGGCUACGCAGGCCCUCUGGCCCCACAGCCCCGCCCGUGCCCGCCUCUUCCGGAGGCACUUAUCCCCGUGGGCGGCAGGGCGGGGCGCUUGGCACCCCUGCAUCAGUGCCCUCCGUCACGAGCCGAGGGGGUUUUCUACAGUGACCUCAUUCUCACUUUGUCUCGUGUCUUUCUCUGGACUCAAGGACCACCUUGACCCCCAGCUCUGCCUGCUGCUGGGGGUGGCCCUGCAGCUCGGCCCUGCCCUCUCGCCAGCCUUGCCCCUGCCCGGGGCUGGGCCCGCGGGUCCUCAGCUCGCUCCCCAGGGCCCCCCGAUGCCUUCUGCAAGCCCCCUUCCCUGGAGCCCUGGGGCAGUGGCUGGACCUCUCCCCAACUUGGGCCCUUGGCCAGACCAAGGCCAUUUGGCUGGUCACUAUGCAAAGGCUGCCCAGGGAGGCUCCAUGGGCAGCAAAGUGGGUGCUGACCAGGCCCCCAACUCCCUUGCCUGCUGGCUGUGACCCCUAAAGAACAGAAUGAACUCCUUCUUCUCCCUGCUUGAGCUCUGCCCCCACCUCCCACCCCGCCGCCUGCGAUGGGACCUCUGCCUGGGCCUCGGCUGGCGGGAGCCCCUCCACUCCAGAUCACAGUUAAUAAAUGGCCGCUUGCACCCGC